GAUGAGUUUCUCUAAACAUAUUUAUACGGAUCAACAACAAUAAGAGAGGAUGAUCCAACCAUCACCACAUCCUACAGAGAAGAAAACAGUUCUGCAAUGGAAAUGAAAGUGGAAGAAGAGUCACAUCUUAAAGGAAACAGUCAUGACGGCAUCACAUCUACCAGUAAGGCACCCAAACCAUGCAAAGUGGUCACAUCCAAGACAGAGAUUGAAGAGGAAAACUUUGAAGUUUUGUCAACAAAUGACCAGCACCGAACUUGUGGGAAGAAUGAAACAAUAACACCAUCCUGGGAAGAAGUAUUUUCAUUUGCGGAUAUUCAAGAUGAACAUGAGAAUCAUCUGAUCGAGAAUGUCAACCAUGGCAUGACAUCUACAAAAUAUUCACAACGGAAGAUGUCAAACAGAAUUUCUACACAGCUGAAAAAAGGAAACGACAGCAAACAGAAAGGUAUUCUCAAGCAAUUGAGAACAUACACUGGAAAGGCGUAUCAAUGUAGAAAAUCUGGAAAGGCCUUUGUGGAGUCAAGUGAAAUAAAAACACAACAGAGGACUCAUUCUGGUGACAGGUCUUACCAGUGUUCAACAUGUGGACAAUCUUUCAGACUGAAAGGUCAUCUUAACAUACAUCAGAAAAUCCACACGGGGGGAAAGCCUCAUCAAUGCACCAAAUCUGGAAAGGCCUUCACACAAACAUCAUAUUUGAGGAAACACCUCAGGGCUCAUACUGGGGGAAAGCCAAAACAAUGCACGACAUGUGGAAAGGUCUUGGUUGGUGAUUUAAGAAGACACAUGAGGACUCAUACUGGAGAAAAGCCAUUUCAGUGUAUGACAUGCGGAAAGUCCUUUACAAAGGAAGGCAAUUUAAGGAGACACCAGAGGAUUCAUACUGGGGAAAAGCCUUACAGGUGUAGCAUGUGCGGGAAAGCCUUUACAGAUGGUAGUAAUUGUAGGAGACAUGAGAGGGCUCACUCUGGAUAUUCAAAAACAGUAUGAAACAUGUGUACCGCUCUUUAUGGAGGAAACUGAGUUGAAUAACCAAAUAGGUGAAAUGUCUAAUGAGUGUGUAACAGGUGGCUAAAGGAAGUGAAUUGAAGUCUUUGGUAAAUCAUACUCAGAAAAAUCCCUAUCAGUGCAGCAUCUGUGGAAAGUCAUUCACACAAGCAAAUAAUUUGAGGAAAGACAAGAUGGCAUAUAUUGGAAAAUAAUUUCAAUCUACGACAUCUGGAAAGGCCUUUAUAGAGGUUGGCAAAUUAAUGAGAAUCCAGAGGACUCAUAUUGGAGAAAUAACAGUGUGAACCAUUUGGAAUACUCUCACAUCGGCAAUUGAGUUAAAGAAUCAUUCACGACUCAUGGAUGUGAAAGGCCUGAUGUAUAUGAGACAUUUUUAUUUUAUUUUACCUUUAUUUAACCAGGGAAUAAAAUCACAUUGAGAAUAAAAUUAUCUUUUUCAAGUAAGCCCUGGUCAAGGUGGCAGCGCACAUUACAGUUUUACAGAGAGGACACAGACAUGUGAAGGCCUUUAAAAGGUGCACUGUUUAGAAUUGUGGCCAGAGUAGAUAUUGAAAAUGCUGCCUAUUGCCAAAUUUGACCUUUUCAUGAAUAUUUGCAAAGUUAUAAACUAACAUGUGUUAGUAUGACCAAAGUACAGUAAGUUUUUCAAAUGUCUAGUUCUGGAAAUCCAAAAUGGCGGACCAUGGAGAAGAUCCCCCUUUUCAUGUAAGAAAAGUGCCAUUUUCUCAGUCAUCAUGAAUACUUGGAAUAUGAAGGUCAUGGUAAAUAUUCCUGAAAAAGGUAACAUUUGUGAAUGGGCAGAAUUUUGGAAAUAAAAUACUAAAAACAAUAUUACACAGUGCAGGAUUAAAAUGAAAUCUUAUCUCAACGCAGAGGUGACUAAAUUAAGGUAGAUGUAAAUUGAAGGGAAAUCUUUGUUUUUAUAUUUUUAUAUUGGGGCAGCCGUGGCCUAAAGGUUAAGGAGUUGGUCUUUCAAUCUGGGGGUUGUAGGUUCGAAUCCCAGCUGACCUUUCCCUACACCUGCAUCCAUGGCUGAAGUGCCCUUGAGCAAGGCUACUAGCCCCACAUUGCUCCAGGAACUGUAACCAAUACCCUGAAAAAAAGUAAAUGUAAGUCGCUCUGAAUAAAAGCGUCAGCUAAAUUAAAUGUAAUAAUUCACCUGGGUAUGUGUGAACAGCCCAAAUGCAACCCAAUGGUAACUUGUUGCUUGAUGUGAUAUCUUCUAUUUUAUAAUAGGGGGAUUACAUACAAUUAAAUCAUGAUAAAUACACACAUUUUAUGAUGAACUAAAUUCAUCUUUAUUACCGCCAUCAUCUGACAGAGAUAAUCUAUAGUAUUGUGUACCGAUGUAAGAUCUCAUCUAAAAGGAAGUUCUUGAUUGUUUUUUUGCUAGUGAGUUUGCUGGGAAUAAAGAUUAAUCGUUUAAAUUA